AUGCCUCUUACGCAUCACCAAAGAUUCAAAAAAGAAAUUUUACAUAUUUUUUCAACCAAAGUGAAGAAUACAAUUCGUGAAGAAAUUGGUGAUGCAAAGUAUUGCAUAAUUGUUGAUGAAGCUCAUGAUGAGUCAAAGAAUGAGCAAAUGGCUAUAGUUUUGAGAUUCAUUGACAAAGAUGGUUUUGUGAGAGAGCAUUUUUUUGGGCUUAUUUAUGUCUCUAAAACUGCUGCAUCAACCCUAAAAGAUGGAAUAUAUUCUGUAUUGUCUCAUCACAAUUUAGAUAUUCAGAAUAUUCGAGGACAAGGAUACGAUGGUGUAAGCAAUAUGCGAGUUGUGCAAGCUGUUGAAAUUAAACAUAUGAUUGACAUUGAUGAGCUCGAGACUGGAAAGGGACUUAACCAGAUUGGCACUUUACAACGAGCUGGAGAUACUUGUUGGAGUUCUCACUUCAAGUCAGUUUCAAGCUUAAUAAAAAUAUUCAGUCCAACAUGUGAAGUUCUUCUGAACAUCAUUAAUGAAGGAACGACUUCUGCCCAACGAGGAGAUGCAGACUCAGCUUAUGAAACAUUGACUUCAUUUGAAUUUGCCUUUAUUUUGCAUCUCAUGAAAGAAAUAUUGGAGAUCACUGAUUUACUUUGUCAAGCUUUGCAAUGCCGAUCUCAAGACAUCUUAAAUGCAAUGAAUCUAGUUUCAUCUACCAAGGCACUUCUGCAAAAGUUUAGAGAUGACAAAUGGGAUGCUUUACUAGCCAAUGUGCAAUCAUUUUGCGAGUGGUUGGUAAGGACAAACAAAUCUACGAUCUAUCAACUUGUUUAUAGAGUGAUUACACUUGUUCUUACUCUUCCAGUUUCUACUGCAACUACGGAGCGAUCAUUUUCAGCCAUGAAAAUUGUCAAAAGUAGACUUCGCAACAAAAUGGAAGAUAAAUUUCUUACAGACUCUUUGCUUGUGUACAUUGAAAAGGAAAUUGUUGAAAAUUUUAUCACAGAGUCAAUCAUUGAAGACUUUCGAGAUAUGAAAGAGCGUCGAGUUCCACUUUGA